UUGACGUUUUUUUUUUCUUCCUGGAUCAGAGUCGUGGACGAGCUCUCCCCUCUUUUCAUGAAAAGAGGCAGCUGCAAGAAGUGCAGCCGGAGCCAGAGUCUGAAUUUGGGGAGUGUCGAACAGCAGCAACAACAGGGCAGGCGGCUAAUUCAAAGCUUCAGAAUGAGCAACAGGGACCAGACCACAGCAGGAGAUUGUCUCAGCAGAUCGGAUGUGCUCACCAUCACUCCUAGCUACAUAAAGUACAACAAAACCUUCCACAAACUGUUUCCAGAGAUCCCGGCGGAGGAGAGGCUGACGCACACGUUUACCUGUUCCUGGCAGAGGGAGGUCCUGUAUCACGGAAAACUCUUUGUUUCGGAGAACAACGUGUGCUUCUACUCGUCUGUGCUGCUGAAAGAGACCAAGGUAAUUCGCUUUGGUGCGUUUUUGACGUGA